CGGGCCGGGGGAAAAUGGCGGCGGCGGCUGCAGCGAACGGGACCAGAGGGAGCAGCGGGAUGGAGGUGGACGCAGCAGUAGUCCCCAGCGUGAUGGCCUCCGGGGUAACUGGGAGUGUUUCAGUUGCUCUUCAUCCCCUUGUCAUUCUCAACAUCUCGGACCACUGGAUCCGCAUGCGAUCCCAGGAGGGAAGGCCUAUGCAGGUGAUUGGGGCUCUGAUUGGGAAGCAGGAAGGCCGAAAUAUUGAAGUGAUGAACUCCUUUGAACUGCUGUCCCAUACCGUGGAAGAGAAGAUUAUCAUCGACAAAGAAUAUUAUUACACCAAGGAGGAGCAGUUUAAACAGGUAUUCAAGGAGCUGGAAUUUCUGGGUUGGUAUACUACAGGAGGGCCACCUGAUCCCUCCGACAUCCACGUCCAUAAGCAGGUGUGUGAGAUCAUCGAGAGCCCUCUCUUUCUUAAGUUGAACCCUAUGACCAAGCACACAGAUCUUCCUGUCAGCGUUUUUGAGUCUGUCAUUGAUAUAAUUAAUGGAGAGGCCACAAUGCUAUUUGCUGAGCUGACUUACACUCUGGCCACAGAGGAAGCAGAACGCAUUGGUGUAGACCAUGUGGCACGAAUGACGGCAACAGGCAGUGGAGAGAACUCCACUGUGGCUGAACACCUGAUAGCACAGCAUAGUGCCAUUAAGAUGCUGCACAGCCGUGUCAAGCUCAUCUUGGAGUACGUCAAGGCCUCUGAAGCUGGAGAGGUUCCCUUUAACCAUGAGAUCCUGCGGGAGGCCUAUGCCCUGUGUCACUGCCUCCCUGUGCUCAGCACAGACAAGUUCAAGACAGACUUUUAUGAUCAAUGCAAUGACGUGGGGCUCAUGGCCUACCUUGGCACCAUCACCAAAACCUGCAAUACCAUGAACCAGUUUGUGAACAAGUUCAACGUUCUCUAUGAUCGACAAGGCAUCGGCAGGCGAAUGCGGGGGCUCUUCUUCUGAUGAAAGAGUACUUGAAAGGAUAAUGCACAGGGGUCAGACAACUGUCCCAAAGGGGAGGGGCACUACACUCCCUUUAGAGAAACUGCUGUCAUUAAUAAAAGGGGACAGCUCCUCAGCACCCCUAUCAGUG